AUGUCAUCCUGGUAUCCUUCAUGGUUCUCAAGUCUUCCUUCUCUCGAUUUCUCUCUCCCAUCAAGCAUUCAGUCUCGAUUUAUCGCAUUUGUUCUCAAGAAAUCCCUUGGCCGCUUCCUCAAACCUGGCCAACUUGAUGCAUACCAGAUAGACUCGCAAAUAGGCUCUGGCUAUGUCAAUGUGAAAGAUCUUGAGCUGGACACACCAGCUAUCAACACUUUGUUUUCAGGUCUCCCUAUCUCUGCACAUGAUGGCUCAAUAGGUUGUAUCACUGCUCGCAUACCAUGGCCAAAGCCUCUCACAUCAACCGUAGGCUGCUCCAUCCAAUCUCUUCAUGUCACUCUUCAUGUCACUCCUCCCACAUCUACCCCCCCAUCACCCCCCAGCAACACUCUUACGGAGUCAGUUGUAUCAGUUGCCGAAGCUUUUGUACAAGAUGAACUGUCAGUACGCGAAGAAUCCAUUAUUCUGGAAUCGAUUCAUUCGAAUGCGUCACCGUUGGAUGCCGAUGACGACCAGCAGAAUAUACCAGGCGGUCUGAACCCUUUUAUCAACGAUGCCAAUGUUGGCGUGGAACACGGGGAUGUAGAUCCUGCUGGAGUAUCUCUGUUUGCUACCAUAAUCGAGCGGCUGCUCGCAAGGUUUGAGUUUGAUGCUGUAGACACGAAGAUAACGUUGGUUCACCCUGGCCAUGCGAGCUUCACUCUUUCAAUCGCCGAAAUCCGGUAUCAUACCGAACCUCAUAAUAAUGGCAUUCGCUCUGUCUCAAUACAUGGUGUUUCUGUAAGUUGUAGAAACUUGCGCCCAACCUUGUCGCCUAUUCCUACUCCUUCGACCCUUUCUCCUACAUCUCCGAUAUCUAUUCGUCAUGCAUCUCCUACCAGCUCUCUCAUUCACACCCCCGAGCCAGUCUCCCCAGUCUCAUCCUCCUCUUCACUCGAUGAAGACACGACGUUCCUCAUGUCACAAUCUCUCGCAACGUUGCCACCACGUCCCGUCUCAGGAUCAUCUUCACCUACGAGUUCGGUGGCAAGUAGUAUUUAUCACAGCACGUUAACCAUGACACACGACCUUUCACGUACUCGCACAUCACUAUCUCCAGAUACUCCCCCUCGAAUCCAUACGAGUCAACCAGAAGCCAGCAAUGACACCUCUCGUCAUAUUCUUACAUCAGCACAGCAAGAGCGGAGACAGGAAAGUUAUCUGGAUGAGAUUAUAUUAUCCUUUGGAAGAGAACCUAUAGUUGUACGAGUGACAACUCCUGUUAGCCAACCCUCUGAUUGUCCUGAAGGAACCGAGUCCGAGUCUGAGCCCUCGCUUCCUGAACUCAUACCAAAGGGUGUUCUGAAUAUUUCUGUUUCAUCUGGAGUCGUGGCAUGUGCAUUUCGCGCAUAUCAUAUCCGCGUGUUGCUCGACGUCUUGGAAAUAUGUGGACAACAUUCACCUCGGUCUGCGCCAACUAGCGCUUCUUCGAAUUCAGGGUCUGCUCAGAUUGGUCUGGAUUUAGAGUCCACCCUUGAAGUGAAGGGCGUAGUAAUCCUUCUGCUCCCGGAUCCAACUGCUAAACGCCACAAUGACUCGUCUGACGUUCAAUCAUCGUUGAGGCACUUCUUUACUAGCCCGUUGGUGCCACCUGACCUUCGUCACGGAUAUGUGCGUGCACACUUGGAUGGCAUAUUUGGGAGUGUCGUACUUAACUCCCAAAAUCAAUCUACAAGUCUCGUGCCUACUACUAGCCCUGACCAAGAAAAUCUGCAUUCUACCAUUCCCCAGCCAGCAGUUUCUUGUCGAUUGAUGCUGUCCAGCUUGUCCAUUUUUUCAUUCCAAGCCAAUUCGCUGCCUGAUAAACAGGAUAGUGCGUUACGUGCUUUACCCAUCCUCAUCACAGACCCCGGCCUCCCAGGCCAGUAUUCGGUCUCCCGGUGGCAGUCAUAUCUCCAGAAGCUUUUCGCUUCUACGUCGCAGACAGGCGAUACAGAGCCUUUAGCGUUUGACGUUUUGGACUGGACUUCCCCUCAACAAUGGACUAAAUCUGCAGAUAUAUCCACUUGGAGAACCACUUCAGUAGGAUCUGACUGUAGCGAGAAAGAGGAGGCACCAGUUCAUCCAGCCUUCUUGUUGUCGUACCAGAAACCGUUCCCACCUUCACCUAAACAUCCCGAAGCUGGUCUAAGUAGCACAGAUAAACCCAUGGUAUUGAAGGUGUCUCCUUUGCAUUUUUUCAUAGACCUUGGUUCGAUGCUAGGGAAUGGAGAUAUGCUCCUUUUCUUGAACGAGGUCACGAGCAGUAAUGUGCACAAGUCGUCGCAAAUUGAGCAUAAGCCAAGUCUUGUACUUGAAAUCCCUAUGAUUCGAGUACAGGUCCGUUGUCCGCCUCCUCCGCUCCGUUCUGCUCGAUCUGGCGCUUUUGUUGUGGAUAUCCAUGGCAUCCGCAUGUCUACCUUAUUCGUGUCACCAACAGGCCCUGCUGCUCAGCAACGAGAUAUUGCACCUGGUUCCUCCGAUGAUCAGAAACGUUCAAUGAGACAACAUCUGCUAGACGUCAAAUGUCAAGGCGUUACUUUGGCUUACUCCGACGUGAACGAAUCUUCUGCUGCUUUGUUCUUGCUACUUGGCUCGAUGUCUAGUCACAAGGAAGUUGCACCAGGCAACGAAGGCUCCAUGUCUCACUCCUCUCUUCGCGUCAAUCUGUCCCAUUUGGCCAAUAGUUCUUCUUCCUCCGUCACGUAUUUGAAUGUAGAUGUAGCCUCAACAAAUGCUAUCAUCACGAAGGCCGUCUUCGAUGGUUUGCAACGAUGGGCGGAUGAUGCUGCGCAGUUAAUGGAACGUACUGGAAAACCCACCGCGGUCGACAUCGGGAAACCUAGCGAGGUGGCGAGUAGUCGAUCAAUAUCAGGCGCAAAACCCAUCAGCGCAGGAAGUGAGACGCAUGUCCAGUUGGUAGUGUCGCAAGCGUUUGUAAGAUUGAUGUUACCUCGACGUGAAGACGACGCCUACAUUUCCCGGCCUCUUGAUUUGUUUGCUUCCAAUGUGUCCGCCUUAUUAGAGAUGAAGACCGGGUCUGAAGAUGGACCCACAACCAUUGUCAAGAUCACGGAUCUUAGUGUCAUGGAUUUCGCUGCAGAGAGUCCCCGCAUUCCCUUAUUGUCUCUCGCAGCUCCACGAAAUUCGUUGUCAACCACGAAGCGAAUGAUUGAAGUCCGCUUUAAUUCGUCUUCUAUACCUGGAAGUACUGCGAAAGCCUCUAAUAUCAAGUUGUCAUUGUGGGGUUUCAACUUCCGAUUGCUUUCCAAGCUCAAGUGGCUCUCCGAGUUAGAGCGCUUUGCUAAGGCACCACCUGGCGUUUUCGAGUCCGUCGUCCCAUCCGAGCGAACACACGUGUCAGUCAAGAUUAUGGAAAGUUCACUUCAUGCUUUUGCCCCUGGUCAUCCUGGAGCUGCAGUACUGUACAUUGGAGAAACAACUCUUUCGUUGGAUCUCAUCAAUAAAUCAUCUGAAUUGUCAUUGAAAAUGCUUGUCCCGUCUAUCUCUGUUCUAUUGAUUGACGCCUUACCAGACGAAGUCCCUGACGAGUCUUCCAAGCUCCAAGCGAGAGGUGUUGCAUUCUGGAAGGAAAGUGGUUAUGCCCUGAUAGCCGAGCUAGUAAACCUAGACUUUGCGUACAAGGGACGCAAUGCGCCAGCUCCUCUGGACACACAGAUGUUGAUAAACAGGGCUGCCCUUCGUAUUCAUAUAUGCGCGGAUACACUUGCUGCCCUUACAGGAUUCAUUGGUGACUUCAGCUCCGCUUUUAAAUCUCCUCCCGACCCGACGAACGCGCCAACAUCAACAAAAGGCCCUUCCAUAGUGACUGAUCCGUCAUCACCUAAAAGUGAUAUGAUCUACGUGGAGGAACAUGCUUUCACGCGAAACCCAGAAGUUGGAUCAGCUCCAGACAUGAUAUCCGACGAUUUGCCAACGAAUUUGGACUAUUUGGAUGUUUCGUUUGGGACAGCCGCUGGAUUUCGUGAGCUUCAAGACGAUGACCUUGACGACUUCGAUGUCGAAGAAAAAUUUGUACCCGUCACGCCUUCUCCUGGCCACAGGACAGGAACAGUCUCUGACAUUGGCGGAGAGACAAUCAGGAUCCUCAGACCCUUCAAGGUAAUUGAAAACUAUUAUGAUACCAUUCCUCCCGAGCCUGCAAGCGGCGAGUCUGAUUUUGGAGAGGCCAUGAUGCGAAUCCGAAUCUACGAUUGUGACGUGACGUUAUCUCUUUAUGAUGGAUACGAUUGGUCACGUACGCGCGAGCUUCUUGAAAAAGAAAUCAAAGAGAUGCGGCGACGGCUAGCCAAGAUCAGGCAGCUUGUUGCCACUGGACAAGUACAAGAUUCCACAGAAGUGGAGACUAGCGCGUUAAUGUUCAACUCGGUAUACAUCGGGCUGCAGGCAGAUGUCAGUGAUCUAGAGCCUGGAGCCUUGGUUGCCGCGAUCGAUGAAGAGUUGGAUCACGAUACGGAAUCAGACAUUGAAAGCUCAUGGCAGUCAUUACAUCCUGCCAGCUCCCCAGGGCAUCCGCCACCACUAUUAUCUCGCGUACAGCAUAAACGCUUGACGAGAUCCGAUGGUUCAUGCAUUGACAUAAGGCUACUAGGUCUGGAUGCUGAAAUCGAUAAUUAUCGCCCAGGUCAGACACUAGUCUCCCGGAUCCUAGCUACUGUCAGAGACGUGGAGAUUCUUGAUCAUAUCAAAUCCUCAACUUGGAGACAUUUUUUGUGCGAACUACGAUCGGACUCCCAAGGAAAUGUACGAGAGACUGGUUCUAAUAUGGUUCGCGUAGAAAUACAGAAUGUUCGGCCUAUUCCAUCCCACCCUGCGCAAGAAGCACGAUUGCGUGCUAAACUACUUCCUUUGAGGCUGUAUGUUGAUCAGGAUGCAUUAGACUUCCUGAAGAAUUUCUUUAGCUUCAAGGACUCCGAGAGUCCGGCGGCCAAUGUGGAUGAACCGGAAGGAACGGAAGCCUAUAUUCAACAUGCUGAGAUCUUUCCUGUGGACAUCAAAUUGGAUUAUAAGCCCCGCCGCGUUGAUUAUAGAGCUUUGCGUGAAGGAAAAACUAUAGAAUUGAUGAAUUUCUUCCACUUUGAUGGUGCAGAAAUGACUCUGCGUCAUCUCAACUUAUACGGGAUAAAUGGCUGGCCUCGACUUUUCGAGAAGCUUAAUGACCUAUGGACACCUGACGUGAAAGCCACUCAGCUUGUAGAUGUCAUUUCUGGCGUGUCCCCUAUCCGCUCUGUAGUCAAUGUCGGUUCUGGUGUCGCAGAUCUUGUCCUUCUUCCAAUAACACAGUACAAGAAAGAUGGUCGAAUCAUUCGCGGUGUACAGAAAGGCACUACCGCAUUUGUCAAGUCUACAGCCAUGGAAGCCAUCAAGCUGGGUGCGCAGUUAGCAACUGGGACACAGGUUAUCCUCGAACAGGCUGAAAAUGUACUUGGUGGCCAAUUCCAUGACCCUAUCACUGCAGAAACUGUCCAAUUUUCUUCUGUUAUCGAGGGCCUUUCGGAAGAGGAUGAAUUACCACCAGACCUGUUUAGUAAGUAUGCAGAACAACCAGAAGGGAUAACAGAGGGUGUACGAUCUGCAUACAGAAGUAUGCAUAGAAACCUAAAUUCUGCGGCGCAGACCAUUUUAGCUGUACCUAUGGAAGUGUACGAGCGUUCUGGGAAUGAGGGUGCGAUGCGUGCUGUUAUACGCGCUGUACCUAUUGCGGUCCUAAAGCCUAUGAUCGGCGCUUCUGAGGCGGUCAGCAAGACUCUCAUGGGUCUUCACAAUACAUUAGAUCCUAACGUUCGAUAUGAGAAUGAAGCCAAGUAUAAGCAACGCUGACCCCAGAUCAUUCGCAAUUACAUAUGUAACAUUCAUUCGUAGCAUCAUUGGAUAUGACUCUUAACUACUACUCGUACAACGUCUUGUAUUUGUGGCUAUAUUAUAACAUUGCAUC